UGAGGGCGGCGCGCCUCUUCCGGACGGUGCGGUCGCGGUGUGGCCGCGGGCUCUGAGCGCCGGCCCCGGCGGCCCUUCCCUGCCCCUCGUGGGGCCGCCCAGCCAUGCAGCCCCCGGCCCGCGAGCAGGACGCCCGCACCAAGAGCAUGUUUGUGUCGCGGGCCCUGGAGAAGAUCCUGGCCGAGAAGGAAGCGAAGCGGCCCCCUCACGGCCAGCUGCGGAGAGCCUGCCAGGUGGCUCUGGAUGAAAUAAAAACAGAGCUGGAAAAGCAAAGAGAAGGCACUGCGGCUCCACCAAAAGCAAACUUCAUUGAAGCAGAUAAAUAUUUCCUUCCAUUUGAGCUGGCCUGCCAGUCAAAGUCUCCACGCAUUGUCAGUACCUCACUGGACUGUUUACAGAAACUCAUUGCAUAUGGACAUAUCACUGGCAAUGCUCCAGACAGUGGAGCUCCUGGAAAACGACUGAUUGACCGCAUAGUUGAAACCAUUUGCAAUUGUUUUCAGGGUCCUCAAACAGAUGAAGGAGUACAACUGCAGAUAAUUAAGGCUCUUCUCACUGCAGUAACAUCUCCGUAUAUAGAAAUCCAUGAAGGAACAGUUCUUCAGACUGUUAGAACCUGUUACAACAUCUACCUGGCCAGUAAAAAUCUUAUCAAUCAGACAACUGCCAAAGCUACCCUUACACAGAUGUUAAAUGUCAUUUUUACACGGAUGGAAAAUCAAGCUAUACAAGAAUCCAGAGAAAUAGAAAAAACUAAUCAGCAAAAAUCCCAGUCGCCUGCAAUUCAAGUGGUGCCCAAGUCUCCAAAGCUUGGUCAGUUAAAGCACAGCUAUCAGGAAGGCAAACCCACUGCUCCUGCAAGUGUAGAAUUGACGAACGGGGAGCCUGAGAGGACAGAAAAUGGAGAAGUGAAGUUGGAGCAAGAUCAGACUCAUUCAGCAUCAGAGGAAGGAACUGAUGGAGGAAAAGAAAUGGUUAAAGGCAUCCUGGAAGAUGUGGUUAAGUCAGCUGUGAAAGAGGCUGAAGAAAAGCAAAUAGCAGAAACAGUUAAGACUCUCCCUGCAUCAGAUGCUACAGAUCUGGCUCUUUCUAGCUCUAGUAAUGAAAAUGUACAAACAAAUGGGAUUCCAGAUGAUGGGCAAUCUGUUUCCUCCACUGAUAAUCUGGAAACAGAUGUAUCUGGGCAUCAAGCUGCUGCCAAAUUUUCCCAUGUUCUACAGAAGGAUGCCUUCCUUGUGUUCAGGUCGCUGUGCAAGCUCUCAAUGAAACCACUUGGUGAUGGACCACCCGACCCCAAGUCCCAUGAACUGCGUUCUAAAGUAGUCUCUCUCCAGCUGCUUCUCUCAGUACUGCAGAAUGCUGGUCCAGUUUUCAGGACACAUGAAAUGUUCAUCAAUGCAAUCAAGCAAUAUCUUUGUGUAGCAUUAUCUAAAAAUGGAGUCUCUUCUGUUCCUGAUGUAUUUGAGCUCUCUCUUGCCAUCUUUCUCACACUGCUUUCCAAUUUUAAGACCCAUUUGAAGAUGCAAAUUGAGGUGUUCUUCAAAGAGAUCUUCCUGAAUAUCCUAGAGACUUCUUCAAGCUCCUUUGAACACAAAUGGAUGGUGAUUCAGACUUUAACUAGAAUUUGUGCAGAUGCUCAGUGUGUAGUGGAUAUUUAUGUUAACUAUGACUGUGAUUUAAACGCUGCUAAUAUCUUUGAACGCCUUGUAAAUGAUUUGUCCAAAAUCGCUCAGGGACGAAGUGGGCACGAGUUGGGAAUGACUCCUUUACAGGAACUAAGCCUGAGGAAGAAAGGACUUGAAUGUUUAGUUUCUAUUUUAAAAUGUAUGGUGGAGUGGAGCAAAGACCUUUAUGUGAACCCAAAUCAUCAGGCCAGCCUGGGUUCAUAUAAACCAUCUGAACAGGAAAUGGCUGAAGGUAAAUGCCUGGAGAGUGGAGGAAGACGGAGUAGUGUCAGUUCUUUGGACUCCACUGUGUCUUCAGGAGUUGGAAGUGUUGGUACCCAAACUGCUGUCCAAGAUGAUCCAGAGCAAUUUGAAGUAAUCAAGCAACAAAAGGAAAUAAUUGAACAUGGGAUAGAGCUGUUCAAUAAAAAACCAAAGAGAGGGAUACAGUAUCUACAGGAGCAGGGAAUGCUUGGAGCUACAGCAGAAGACAUUGCACAGUUUCUGCACCAAGAAGAACGUCUCUGUUCUACCCAAGUGGGAGAAUUUCUUGGGGAAAGCAAUAAGUUUAACAAGGAAGUGAUGUAUGCCUAUGUAGACCAGCUUGAUUUCUGUGGAAAAGACUUUGUCUCCGCUCUGCGUAUAUUUCUGGAAGGUUUUCGUCUGCCAGGUGAAGCCCAGAAGAUUGAUAGAUUAAUGGAGAAGUUUGCUGCUAGAUAUAUUGAAUGCAACCAACGGCAAACCCUAUUUGCUAGUGCUGACACUGCCUAUGUUUUGGCAUACUCUAUUAUAAUGCUGACUACAGACUUGCACAGUCCACAGGUAAAAAAUAAAAUGACCAAGGAGCAAUAUAUUAAAAUGAAUCGAGGAAUCAAUGACAGUAAAGACCUGCCAGUAGAGUAUUUGUCCACAAUCUAUGAAGAAAUAGAAGGAAAGAAAAUUGCAAUGAAAGAGACAAAAGAAUAUGCAAUUGCUACAAAAUGUAGCAAACCAAGUGUAGCUAAUGAGAAGCAGCGGAGGUUGUUGUACAACUUGGAGAUGGAGCAGAUGGCUAAAACAGCUAAAGCUCUCAUGGAGGCCGUAAGCCAUGCUAAGGCACCUUUUACUAGUGCCACUCACCUGGAUCAUGUCAGACCCAUGUUCAAACUUGUAUGGACUCCAUUGCUGGCAGCUUACAGCGUGGGCUUACAGAACUGUGACGACACAGAAGUUGCAUCUCUUUGUUUGGAAGGGAUCCGCUGUGCCAUUAGAAUCGCCUGUAUCUUUGGAAUGCAGCUUGAACGAGAUGCUUACGUACAGGCCCUUGCUCGUUUUUCCUUGUUGACUGCCAGUUCCAGCAUUACAGAAAUGAAGCAGAAGAAUAUAGAUACCAUUAAGACACUUAUUACAGUCGCUCACACAGAUGGCAACUAUCUUGGGAACUCCUGGCAUGAGAUCUUGAAAUGUAUUAGCCAGCUGGAACUAGCACAGCUUAUAGGAACUGGAGUGAAAACUCGCUAUUUAUCUGGCUCUGGGCGUGAAAGGGAAGGAAUCAUUAAAGGCUAUGCAUCUGGAGGGGAAGAGUUCAUGGGCCUGGGACUAGGUAACCUCGUUGGCAGUGGGGCUGAUAAACGGCAUAUGGCAAGCAUUCAGGAGUCUGUGGGAGAGACCAGUUCACAGAGCGUAGUGGUGGCAGUGGACAGGAUAUUUACAGGAUCGACUAGGCUGGAUGGAAAUGCAAUAGUUGACUUCGUCCGCUGGCUGUGUGCGGUUUCCAUGGACGAGCUGGCUUCCCCGCACCAUCCGCGCAUGUUCAGCCUGCAGAAGAUAGUGGAGAUCUCAUAUUACAACAUGAAUCGCAUUAGGCUGCAGUGGUCAAGGAUUUGGCACGUGAUUGGAGAUCACUUCAACAAGGUUGGAUGUAACCCUAAUGAAGACGUUGCCAUCUUUGCAGUAGACUCAUUGAGGCAACUAUCAAUGAAAUUUCUUGAGAAGGGAGAGUUGGCCAACUUCCGCUUCCAGAAAGAUUUCUUGAGGCCUUUUGAGCAUAUUAUGAAGAAAAACAGAUCUCCAACUAUUCGGGACAUGGCCAUACGCUGUAUUGCUCAGAUGGUCAACUCUCAGGCUGGUAACAUUCGUUCAGGCUGGAAGAAUAUCUUUGCAGUCUUUCAUCAAGCAGCAUCAGACCACGAUGGGAAUAUUGUGGAGUUAGCCUUUCAAACUACAGCACACAUAGUUACAAAUAUUUUUCAACAGCACUUUCCAGCAGCAAUUGACUCAUUUCAGGAUGCAGUCAAAUGUCUUUCUGAGUUUGCCUGCAACGUUGCAUUUCCAGACACCAGCAUGGAAGCCAUUAGGCUAAUUCGGUAUUGUGCAAAAUACGUUUCAGAAAGACCACAGGUAUUAAGAGAAUACACAAGUGAUGACAUGAAUGUUGCUCCUGGGGACAGAGUAUGGGUCAGAGGAUGGUUUCCCAUUCUCUUUGAACUUUCUUGUAUCAUCAAUCGUUGCAAAUUAGAUGUUCGAACAAGAGGCUUAACAGUGAUGUUUGAAAUAAUGAAGAGUUAUGGCCAUACCUUUGAAAAGCACUGGUGGCAGGAUCUGUUCAGAAUUGUGUUUCGGAUUUUUGAUAACAUGAAACUCCCCGAACAACAAACAGAGAAAUCUGAAUGGAUGACCACUACAUGCAACCAUGCACUUUAUGCAAUCUGUGAUGUAUUUACACAGUUUUAUGAAGCUUUAAAUGAGAUCCUUCUUCCUGAUAUACUUGCACAGUUACACUGGUGUGUAAAACAAGAUAAUGAACAGUUGGCUCGAUCAGGUACAAACUGCCUAGAAAACCUGGUUAUACUAAAUGGACAGAAGUUCAGCCCUGAAGUCUGGGGCCAGACAUGCAAUUGUAUGCUAGAAAUCUUCAAAACCACCAUUCCUCAUGUCUUGCUGACAUGGAGGCCUGCAGGAAUGGAGGAAGACUCACUGGAAAAACACUUGGAUUUAGACUUGGAUCGCCAGUCCUUAAGCAGCAUGGAUAAAAAUGCUUCAGAGAGAGGACAAAGUCAAUUUUCAAAUCCAACAGAUGAGAGCUGGAAAGGUGGUCCUUAUACAAACCAGAAACUAUUUGCUGGCCUCCUUAUAAAGUGUGUGGUGCAGCUGGAAUUGAUACAGACCAUUGACAAUAUAGUGUUCUAUCCAGCAACAAGCAAGAAGGAAGACGCUGAGCACAUGGCUGCAGCUCAGCGAGAUGCAUUGGAUGCAGAUAUCCACAUUGAUACAGAAGACCAGGGAAUGUAUAAAUACAUGUCUUCACAUCAUCUCUUUAAGUUAUUAGAUUGCCUGCAAGAGUCUCAUUCAUUUUCAAAAGCCUUUAAUUCAAAUUAUGAACAGAGAACUGUGUUAUGGAGAGCAGGGUUCAAGGGUAAAUCAAAACCCAAUCUCUUAAAACAAGAGACCAGCAGUUUGGCUUGUUGCUUGAGGAUACUCUUCAGAAUGUAUGUCGAUGAAAACCGCCGAGACUCCUGGGAUGCUAUACAGCAACGACUGCUUAGUGUAUGCAGUGAAGCCCUGGCGUAUUUUAUUACUGUGAACUCAGAAAGCCACAGAGAAGCUUGGACCAAUCUCUUGCUGUUGCUUUUGACAAAAACACUAAAACUCAGUGAUGAAAAGUUUAGAGCACAUGCUUCAACAUAUUAUCCAUACUUGUGUGAAAUCAUGCAGUUUGACCUGAUUCCUGAGCUUCGAGCUGUGCUACGGAAGUUCUUCCUCCGUAUAGGUGUUGUGUUCAAAAUCUGCGUAACUGAGGAGCAGAUACGGACAACUGGGAUGACCUUACCUUCAUGGCAGCCCUAAAUAGGAUUGGUUACUGCAGCUUGUACAGAAAGCUGCAUUCCACAGAUCAAUUCAAGUGGAUGGGAAAGCAUAGGACCCAGGUGUAUCAACACAGCAGCAAGUUACUCUUACCACACUGGCAUCUGGGAAGGAGGGAAAAAACAUCCUGUUCUGUCCAUCCUACAAAACUAUCAGCAAGUUUAUUUAAAUUAUUGCUUACACAGUUAAUACAGUAGCUGUAAAAGUCUCUGUGUUUCAAUGCUAGUCAUCCUUAUGGUCAAGUCUGUCUCUUCCGGUCUCUUAGCAACUGUUCAGUCUUGCAUCCCAGCUAAAUCUGAUCAAGCAGCUGGAUUCCUCAAUAGGAAUUUUGCCCCGUAAAAAUGAAUCUAGUUGUAUAGCCUUGUGAUGUUAGGACGUGUUCAUAAUAAACUACACUGCAGUGGCUGAUGGGCACUGAAGAUCAUUCUGGGUUUUUCUUUGUGUGUACAUGACUAGACCAGGCAGUGUGUUAUGGUUUUCGAAGUGGACAGACAACAUGUAGGAUAUUUGGGGAAAGGGUUUUCCUUUUGUUUUAGAAAGUCAUUUUAAAAACUUUUUAAUAUUUUCCAUCUUCUGUGACCUGUUUUAUGGAAGGUUUUACAUCAGGAGCACAUAGUAGCAGCUGUUCUAUUUAGCUUGUCAGUCUUGGGUUAGAUAUUAAAAAAAAAACCAAACAACAAAACAAAGACUUUUAAACUUUCCAGUGACUUGCAUACAGUGCCAGAUCACAGUAAUACUGAAAACAAGGGUCAGAAUAAACCCACCUUUUUUGCCCUUGGGUAUUAUGUAUUUAGUAGUAAUUGUAUCAGUUUAGUAAAAAGUCCUGUCCUUAAUAUAUAUAUGAAAUUCUGUCUUACUACAGAUCUGCAACUUCUGAUUUAUCCUUCUGUGCAAAUGAUUUUAUCCUUAACUAUUAAUUCCUGUUGUGACCUAAAACAGAAAAAAAAGCUUUUAAAUAAAUUCCUCAAAACUGCUCUAGCAAAACUUUAAAACAAUUUCACUCAUGUACUAUAUGAAUUACCUUCAAAGUAUGAAGAUGUAUUGGUAUCUGUGAGGCAAAUAUGACUUAGCACUGCAGCUUUGCCUGCCCUGGAGACUUCUCUUUAUUUGAAAUGCAUGAGUUUUCUGACAGCAAUUUCCACGAUAGAACUGCAGGACUGAGAUCUGACUUUUGAAAUAGUUUUCAUUUGGGGGUUUAAGACUUUUCUAGCCUAGAAGAGUGUGGUGGGAUGGGAGGAGAGGUUCUGCUUUCUACAUCAGUAUAAACAAAGGUGGUGUAUAAACUGGUGUGCUAGCCAUAGCAGCACACCUAAAAUAUAACAGUAUUUUAAAAACACAAGAAACUGAACAACCUACUUGAAUGGUAUGAACUGUUCAACCUGUUAUUUUGCUUUUUGAGUUUCCUGUUAGGGCAGCCUUAGGUGAGGUUGUCUUGGGAUAUUCCAUUCUCAGAGCUGUUGAGACUUUUUUGUGAGCUGUUUCCAAAGGGUUCAUAUGGUGCUGUACAGUAAUCUGGCUUGUUCUACACGAGUGUUGUUGGGGAAUGGGCUGGCAGGUAUUAGGAGUGAUAAGGCUUUCAUAUUUUUAUUUUUAACCAAAGAAAAAUACAUGGUGGUUGUGGCUCUUUACCUUAAAUGCCCAUUACAUGAAAUCCACACACUAAUACUUGGCAGAAAGGAAUAUAUGGCUACAUUUUUACAAUAGGAGAAGAAUGAAGAAUAAGCAAUGCCAGUAUUUAACUUGCUGCAUUUGCAAUGUCCUUUUUGUGUUCCAUUUAUUAUAGCUGUUCAUUCCCUGGUAAUGUCACCUCCUCAGUUGCAGUAAAAAUGAAAUAUUUAUUUUUAAUUCUAUUUAAAUAAUGUAUAAGAAUAGGCUAUUCCUUUUCUCCCAGUCCUAAAGAACCUAUGAAACUUUAUUUUUUCAUACUUUGAAUGUCACUGCCUUGUUGAAUGUAUCCCCAUUCUCUCCUGUCAAAACACAAACUGCUCUAAGUUGCAUGCUUCUUCUGUACUUUACACUUUGAAAGCCUUACAACUCCUGUCUUGAAACAAGUCUCCUAAUUUUCAGAUCUUACAUUAUUUUACAUUUUCACUGUGGGUUUUCUUUGAUGUGCAACAUUUGUACUAUCUCUGCAUACAGAUUAAGGGUGUUAAUCAAUGUGUUCCUUCAGCCUUAGGUCUGAGACUGUUCUUUUAGUAGAGAUUUUUAAUUGUAUUUAUGCCAUUUAUAAACUGCUGAAAUUAGGUAUGUGACAUCAACACAUCCUAGACUAUAGUGCAUGAAGGAGAAGGGGGACUGGAAUGCAAUUGGACUAUAACAGCCUUAAUCCUGUCACUUUUUUGGAGCUGAUUGUACAUGCUGAAGCAAUAAGAAUGGUAUGUUAAGUAAAAUAUUCACAUCAGCUGUUUGGUUUCCCGUAUAGCAUCAGGAAGAUCAUAACCCAUAGUCAUCUCAAUGAAGUUAAAAACGCUGAGCCCAAACUCCUGCAGUAAUCACUGCUAGUUUUGAUCUUGUCCUGACGGCUGGCACAGGCUUUACCUGCCCGUGGUGGUUUUGUUGACUCUAGCUGGACUGUGAAUGAAGACAAGGUUUUGUGUCAGCCUAUCGAGAUGUCUGUGCAAUACAUGAAGAAAGAAGAAAUAACCUCUUAGACUUUCAAAGUAGUGUUAUGCAACAAAUUAAACUAUAAAUGGAUUUACCUAUAAUGGUAUACAUAUGGAGACUGCAUGGUAUUAGUUAUUACUACUUAUUUUGGAACCCUCUAGGAAAUAUUUAGGCAGGGGGGAGGAUGCUAAUGAGGAAAACAUAAGAAGCCCUUUCAUGUUCACUGUCUUGCAGCACAAAAAGUUAUUUUUAGAGUGGUUUGUUAUCAAAGUCUCAUUAUCUCACUUAUCAAACUCUAAACCAAACAGUCUAAACCAAUGUCCUCUCAUACAUGCAAACAGCCCCCGAAUUAUAGCUCAGUCUUACUGUUAAGGAAGAUUAAAAAUAGUAACUUCUAGUCCAAAUUAGAACUAAGCUUUGUUGGUCAGAACUGUAGUAUGUAAAUUGACUUUUUUUGGCACUUUUAAUGUUAUUUCUGUGUAAAAUAUGUUUUCACAUAUUUAAAAUGCCUAAUUUUUUGUUUUUAAGAUCUCCAUAUUAAGUGCAUUUACUACCAAUAAUUUAAACGAGAGCAUUCCUUGCCCCAACGGAUGUAUACAUUUUUAAGACUACCAAAAUAUUAUAUAAUAUGAAAAAAAAAAAACUGUAAAGUUUUCUACAUGCAAAUACUCUGUAUGAUACUGUUACGAUAGUCCAUGCUUUAAUCAAGUGGUCAAUCAAUAAAGUUUUAACAAGUGUU